AGACGGCACAGCGUCUGGCAGAGGAUUAACGCGCUGAGCGCCCGCGCGACGCUACCCCAGGGCCAAAAAACGCUCGCAGGACACAAAAGGCACCUCCACGACCGCGCACGCGCCGCCCCGGGCGCGCGGCGCCCCAAAAAAAAAUGGCCCAGCCCCCACCCAACCUCCUGCCCUACCCCGGUAGUAACAUGGCCGGCCCGCCGGUCAUGAUGUUGUACGACCCGAACACGGCGCAGAUCGUGCCGUGCGGGACGUGUGGUCUUCGGAUCCAGCGACGAGCUGGUCUCGUCGGCGCGGCGUACUGUAGCGAGAGAUGCCAUAGAGCCGAUGGAUGGCGCCGGAAGGCCGAAGCGGAACGAGCGCCCUACAUGCUCGCCCAAGCACCGGGCCGGCACGGCGUGCCCAUCAGCGAAGCGCCCGCGCCGCCGCCGCCGCUCCCGCCCGGUUUUCAGCCGUGGCCCAUGUCUCCCGGCGUGCCGGGCCAGCCCGGCGUCAUCCCCUGGCCGCCGCAGGGCAUGGUGGCCCUGCCGCCGCACAUGCAGGGCCAGGCGCCCUUCUGGCACCUCGCGCCCGGCCAGGCCGGCCAGCCCGGCGUACCUAUUCUAGUCCACGCGCCGCCGCCGCCGGCGCCCGCACCGCCCCAGAAGCCGCCCUCGCCCAAGCGCGUGGCUGAUUCAAAAAUCCCGGAUUCCAAGGCGCCGAAGCGGCGGAAGAACGAGCCGCCCUCGCCACUGGCCAAGAAGUCCAACGAAGGCGGCGCGGCCUUGACUGGUACUGUUUUAAGGAAGGACGACUCUAGACUCGCAAGCGCCGAGGCGCCUCCACAAUACGAUGCCGACGGGGUUGCGGACGCUUGGAGGGUCGGCCGAGCUCUAGUCGUGGACAUCAAUGAUACGGCGAAGUCGGACAAGCCCGUCGCGACGGCUUCGCGAGCGUUGGAUGACUUGUUGGCGGAACGAGCGCCGUCACGAGCUAAAAGGUUGAGUCGCGGAGGUGAUCGGACCUUCGCGCGAAGGUUCGCAGAGUGCGCGCGAGCGGUCGUGGACGCGCACGGCGUCGAUGGAAGGGUAGCAUUAGGCUGGGCCGGCCCGUCCCAAGGCACGUGCCCCGACGGCGCGUUGGUGCAGCCGCGUAGAUUACUCGACACGGAUUCAGACGAUGUGCAGGAGCUCGAGCAUACUUUUUUAGCUCCUUUGCUCGAGGCCAUGUGGGACCUGCACGUUGCGGCCUCGACCAUCGUACCGAAACCGGACGCGGAUCGGUUCCGACCCGACUCGCGGACGGACGCGGUCUUAGAUAAAGCCUAUAGAAUGAAGAGCACGGGCUGGUCCACGUGCUUGGUGCACGUCGCUGUGGUCUCUCGCUCAUCCCCCGAAGUCGACGCGAAGACCACCACACCGGCGCACUGCGACGUGAAAGGAGUGGCGCCGAUUUUAGUCCUGAAUGUGGGCGAGGCCAAUGCGCAGGGCGGGAAAAUCUGUUUACUGGAGGAGGACCCGGCGAAGGCCGCCCAGGUCCACGCCGAGGCCCAGGCUCAAAGUCGUCGAAGAUUGCCGUCGCCCGAGCCGCCCAAGCCUUUGAUCGUGCCGACCGACGAGUCGCGCGCGACGUGCGUCUUCGCGGACCUCGGCUGCCGGCCGCACGCCCAAUUGCCCUACGAGCAGACCCAGAAAAUAAAUGGAGAGGCCAUUCGGGUCACCGUAUUACCCUUCUGCCAGGGGGCUUGUGUCGAUUGGUCUUCUUGCUUGGGCAGGCGGCCCUCGAAGAUCGAGAACCGCUUCGCGCACUGCUCCCAGUGCCAGAGGUGGGCCCAGCUCGGCGAGGACGUCGCGGCGCCGGCGCCGGACGAGGCCUGGGCCUGCGCGCAGUGCGGCUAGCCGCGGGACUUCUCUUCUGAAGUUUAACCCCGCGGCACCCGUUCGUCCCGUUUCUUCCCGGAUAACUCGAUUGGUAGUUA